AUGAGUCAGAUUGACAACGCUGGGAUGGACGAGAUCAUCGAGCUCUUCAAGGAAAUGAAACAAGCUCGGGAAAAAUCUGCUGAACAACACCAGACGCAGGUCGUGCAAACCGUUAUUCAGUUUAUUGGGCCCUCUGAGGGUGUUACAAUCAUGCAGGGUGGCAACGCAACUGAGAACAACAAACCUUGGGAUAAGAUCGAGUCACAUCCCGAAAGCAGGGACGAGUUAAAGGACGCUUUGUUACCGACGCCGAAGAGUGCCUUCAGCACGCAUCAUACAAGGGAAAUGAAGCACUCUGUAAGGAAUGAGGGCGGUGACAGCGUUUGGAUUAUGUGCGUGGACGGCAAAAAUAGUGCACGCUCCGUGAUCGCCCAGACAUAUCUGGAACUCGUUCGAGCUUGGACCGUCAAUACCACUGAUCGAUGGAUGUAUGGCAGAGUUGACUCUGCAGGAGUAGACAUCAAAACUCCCUUCAACGAGACUGUCCCGCUUGCGUCUAGACCUGAUACGGAUGCAAACUCCAAGGCCAUCGACAUCCUUGCUGGAGACAGGAACCACUUUUGGUCGGAAGACUAUCCCCACGAGAAAGCCGUCAUCGUGAAUAGAGUGAAGGCCCAUCAGCCUCGUGGUAUCGAAGAGCGGCACUUCCGCACAUUCGAGUACAUUCUCUGUUUCGACGUUUACGCGUUUGAAGCCGUCAAGAGGCUGAAGCAAAAAGCACAAGCAAAAAGUUCCUCAACUGGCAGUAAGGAAAGGAUUUCGAAAGUCAUGCUCCUCGAGGACUGCGCAUGGCCAGAUGGAGGGAAGACUUGUCAUGAUGCGGAUGUGGUUAAGGACGUGAAUUCUAGGAUCAAAAAGCAAGUUAAAGACUUCUUGGGAUCGGAAUUCGGCUGGACAAAACCGCCUUUCCAUAAGGGCAUGGCAGGUGGUGAGCAGCGAACGCUCCAUAUGGUACUUCCGGAAAAGUAUCGGCACCCAGUGCAGCAGGCCCUGAAUCAAAUGCGGAAGGAGUUCGGAUGCAAAAUCUACCUCACGUGGGAGGGAACGGCAGGCAAGAAACAGCUGGUGACCAUCGUGGGAGCCCAAGGAAAGGUCAGAGUUGCUGAGAAAGCCGUGAGAGCGUUGGCCUAG